AAAGGGCGGUUUAGGGAGCGUUUUGGUGCGAGAGAGAGAAAUUGGGUUUUCGUGAAAUUAAGAAUAGCCUACUGAAUUUACUUUUAUCCAUAGCAAGCUGGCUUUUAUUGUUAACUUGUUCUGACGGGUAGAAUUGAAGAACGAUUAAGCUGAAGUGAAGCUGAAGUGAUUGUGUGCUUGGCGCAGCGAAGACGGGCCUGAGGCAUUUGCAACACAUAAUGGCGCAGGGGGAACAACGUCGUCAUCAUCCGAUUGAUAUCUCUUCUCCAUCUCACAUCGAUUAUGAUGAUGACGAGGAAGAGGAGGAUGAAGGUCUGGAACAGGUUGAAAAAAUCAAAACACUGCUCUCAGCCUUGAGUCUUGUUUCCAGGAAUCUGCCUCUUCCUCACCAUUUACUUCACCAUAUCACUGGUAUUUAUCACCAUUCGCCCUGUAGCCGUCGCCAACAACAUCAUCUUGAUGAUGAAGAUGAAUUUCCUCAAAAAAAGAACUGUUACACUUAUGAUAUUCAGGCAAAUGGAACUUCACAUGCUGUGUUACAAAAUGGCAAUGUGUAUGAUGGAAAGGCUGCGGCAAGAGAAGGUUCCCAUGAAACAAGAAUUCAAGAGAUUGGAAUUGAAGCAUCCACUGCAGGAGGUUUGUUUAGAAACUUUGAGGAUGCAAUAGCAAAUCAGCGGAUGAAUUUUGUGUCAGGAGGGGCAUUGAGGAAAGCAAAAGAAGACCGCAUGAAAAGUUAUUUGAGACAUCGUCUGACUGAGCUUCAAGAAUUGCCAUUAAAGAUGGGAGACAACUUGCAAAUGAAGUGUUUGCUUGAACUAUAUGGUAUUAAGUUGGCAGAUUUACAGAAAAGGGUACGCUCUGAUGUUAGUGCUGAGUAUCAUUUACGUGAAGAAUGUGCCAAUCCCGAAAAGCAACUUUUUGAUUGGGGACACAUGCGCUUACGCCGUACACUUCCUCUUUUUGGCAUGGGAGAUGCACCAACAACUGAAGCUGAUGAACGGCUACGCAGGAGGAGAGAUGCAGAGAGGCAAACAAGGCUAGAGGAGGAAGAAAGAAAUCGUGUUGAGACAAAAAAGCGAAAAUUCUUUAAUGAAUUGCUAAAUGCAGCUCGUGAAUUUCAGUUGCAAGGGCAAGCUACUUUAAAACGUAGGAAACAACGCAAUGAUGGAAUUCAGGCAUGGCACGCCAGACAAAGACAACGAGCUACUCGUGCAGAAAAGCUGAGGAUUCAAGCACUGAAAUCUGAUGACCAAGAAGCUUACAUGCGAAUGGUGGAGGAGAGCAAGAAUGAGCGGCUGACAACUUUGCUUGCAAAAACCAAUGAACUUCUUGUGGGGCUUGGUGCUGCUGUCCAAAGACAAAAGGAUGCAGAGCAUGCUGAUAACAGCAAGAUGAUAAAACAAGGUAUCAUUGAACAUAUUGAAGAGGAAGAUGAGGAAGUGCUUGCUGAUAUUAAUGGGGAUCAUGUGUCAAAAAAAACUGAUCUGCUAGAAGGGCAGCGACAGUAUAAUUCUGUUAUUCAUUCCAUUCAAGAAAAGGUCACCGAGCAACCUGCAAUGCUUGUAGGUGGAGAACUUCGCCCUUAUCAACUAGAGGGUCUUCAAUGGAUGCUUUCUUUAUUCAACAACAAUUUGAAUGGAAUUCUGGCCGAUGAAAUGGGUCUAGGAAAGACAAUCCAGACAAUAGCAUUGAUUGCCUACUUGAUGGAAAAUAAGGGAGUGACAGGGCCACAUAUGAUUAUUGCACCGAAAGCUGUGUUGCCAAAUUGGGCCCAUGAAUUUUCAACCUGGGCUCCAAGCAUUACUAUAGUUAUGUAUGAUGGUCGCUUGGAUGAGCGUAAGGCUUUGAGGGAAGAGUAUGGAGGGGAUGGAAAAUUCAAUGUGCUGGUUACUCAUUAUGAUCUCAUCAUGCGUGAUAAAUCAUUUUUAAAAAGAAUACAUUGGCACUACAUGAUUGUGGAUGAAGGGCACCGCCUUAAGAACCAUGAGUGUGCUCUUGCACGGACUCUAGUGACAGGGUACCGUAUUCGACGGAGGCUUCUGUUGACUGGUACUCCUAUACAGAACAGUCUUCAGGAACUGUGGGCUCUGCUCAACUACUUAUUACCUAGUAUUUUUAACUCUGUCCAAAAUUUUGAGGACUGGUUCAAUGCACCAUUUGCAGACCGUUGUGACAUUUCUCUGACAGAAGAAGAGCAACUUCUUGUUAUAAACCGCCUACAUCAUGUUAUCCGGCCGUUUCUACUGAGAAGGAAGAAAAAUGAGGUGGAAAAGUUCUUACCUGGUAAAACUCAAGUCAUUUUGAAAUGUGACUUGUCAGCCUGGCAGAAGGUUUACUAUCAGCAAGUCACAGAGAUUGGGAGGGUUGGGUUGGAUUCUGGUACUGGUAAAUCAAAAAGUUUAUUGAACUUAUCUAUGCAAUUGAGAAAGUGUUGCAAUCAUCCAUACCUGUUUGUUGGGGAAUACAACAUGUAUCGGAAAGAAGAGAUAGUUAGAGCAUCAGGCAAAUUUGAAUUGCUUGAUCGCUUGCUACCUAAGCUGCAAAGGGCAGGGCAUAGGGUGCUACUUUUUUCACAAAUGACACGCCUUAUGGAUAUCCUAGAAAUUUACUUGUCUCUGCAUGGAUUCAUGUAUCUGAGACUUGAUGGAACAACCAAAACAGAUGAACGAGGUUCCUUGCUUCGGAAAUUUAAUGCUCCUGAUUCACCAUACUUUAUGUUUCUUUUAAGCACUCGAGCUGGUGGGCUUGGGCUCAAUCUGCAAACUGCUGAUACUGUGAUAUUAUUUGAUAGUGAUUGGAAUCCUCAAAUGGAUCAGCAGGCAGAAGAUCGAGCUCAUCGAAUUGGCCAAAAGAAGGAAGUUCGUGUUUUUGUGUUGGUGAGUGUUGGUUCUGUUGAAGAGGAAAUUCUUGAGCGUGCAAAACAAAAAAUGGGCAUUGAUGCUAAAGUUAUCCAAGCUGGCCUUUUCAAUAACACCUCCACACAAGAAGAGAGAAGAGCAAUGCUGAGGGAAAUUAUGCGAAGGGGAACUAACUCAUUGGGAGUAGAUGUACCAAGCGAAAGAGAAAUAAACCGCCUUGCUUCUCGCAAUGAUGAUGAAUUCUGGCUAUUUGAAAAAAUGGAUGAGGAAAGACGACAGAAAGAGGGUUACAGGUCAAGGUUAAUGGAAGAGCAUGAAGUUCCAGAAUGGGCAUUUUGUGUAACUAACAAUGAGAAGAGUAAUCAAAAUUUAGAUGGUAUUGACCAGAUUUCAGGUAAACGGCGCAGAAAGGAGGUUAUCUACACUGAUAUAUUGAGUGAAACACAGUGGAUGAAAGCUGUUGAAGGUGGGGCAGACAUGACUCAAAUGGCUAAAUCACAGCUGGCAAAGAGAAUAAAGAAAAAACAACAGCUGCUGGAUACAGAUCUACUUAAUAAUGGUAUUGACAAUGAAAGUGAGGGAAUUGAUGGAGCUGAGGGAGACAGAUUGGAAGCUGAGCAUUCCAAGAAAAGCAUCAAUUGCCAUGGGUCACUUGAGUACGAGGAGAAUAAUAUGGACUUCCUGAAAAGAGUACCAAAGAAAUUAAAGUCUGUUAAAUCAAAAAUAUCCAGUUUACACAACAACAAAGCUGCUCCUUAUGGAGAUAAAGUAGAAGAAUAUGCAGAGUGCCAAACUGGACAUAAUGUCCCUAUAUAUCAAGAAGAUCAUAUUACUUGGAAAACAUUGAAAAGGAAAAGAUCAAGCCAUGUCCACCAUAACACAGACACUCGUCGGCAUGUGUCCGUAAACAGGGAGAGUGGGUAGUUUUAAAUAAUAUUGAAGAUGUAUAUUUUGCAUGGUGCAAACAAUAUAUUAAUAUGGAAUUAUGCAACACACAAAGAAAGCUGUGUGCUAUUUUACACACUAAUUGGCAACCUUGAAGUAAAAAUCUACAAUUAUUUCCAAUCCUAAUGGAUCUGAAAAGUUAUCAGUAAUCAUUUAUAUGCUUAAAAUUCCAGAUA